ACGUUCCUACCCUACAGAUGGCAAUCCCCACACACACACACACACACACACACACGUUCUCCUGGGAUGAGUAUGAAGAUAAUAUGCCACAGCAUGCUGGCUUUGGUGGUAGAUGAGUCAGGUAAUGGAGAGUGCUUAAGCUGGCCUCUCCCACAUUAAAAUUGCAGCUUAUCAGUGGGAUGGCCCUGUCUGCCCUUCCCCGCUGUAGCUGAAGCAUUGCUCUCUCAGGCCAUCUUAUACUAACACCGACAAAAGGGCUUUAUAUGCCAUUUGUUCACAGUUUGCAUAUGUACAUCAACUUCUUCAUUUUUUUGCAUAUACCUGACUAAUCUCCAGAGAAAAGUCUGAACGCCAAGGCAUCUGUGUUUCAGCCUCCAUGGAGCAGGCGGGAUUGCUAGGCUUUGCUCCAGGCUGCAGCAGCACUACUCUGAAUAGGAUGCUCUCUAAAACACUUCAGUUCUCUGAGCCCUCUUUCCAUGUAUUCAGCCAUUUAGCUGACCAACAUAGCUGUGAGCAAUAUUAUCACAAGAAAGGAAUACACAGGAAUUUGGACAUAUCAGUCUUGAUUUUAGAUUGUUUUGAAUAUAAACGUCCUUUGCUGCAGUUUGCAGAGUGCGGUACGGCAUAAAAUAAGAUUUGGGGUAUUGUGAAUUGGACUUUUGCUUUGUAAAUGUUCUACGGGGAACAGGCGUGACUGCAUGUUCAGAGCACAGUGAACUCUUGAAGCUCUAGCUGGAAACUCCAGUUUAGACAUGUCAAAUGAUUUCCAUACUAGCUAGUCAAAUAUGUCAAAUAGUAAGUGGCUCAAAUGAAUAUGGACACUUCACAUGCUCCUACUCUAAAUGAUAUGAUUUCUUUAAUUUACUCUUUUGGUAUGCACAAAUGAAGCACAGAUAUCUCUACAAAUUUAUAAAAGGCAGCACUGGAGGUUUUGCCUACGGAUAUUUAAAUGUGUACCAUGAAUUCUACAGGGACUGUCAAAACCAGCCACAAUAACAUUAACAUGCAUAGUGUGUCCAACACUAGCGUCCCUUGGGAUGUUGCUUCAGACACCCAUUCAAACCCCGAGUCCUGACCCCUACCUCUCCCCCUCCCUCUUUGUCUACCCCCAUGUCUGGUUCGUGUGUGCGUGUGUGUGUUGGCAGGGGACAUGACUCCCAGACAAGACGUCAGACAGAUAAAUGUCAGCUUGUCUCCUACUGGGAUGAAUUGGUAGCUGAGUGGGCAGAAGAGAAGGGUUUAAUCGUUUAAAUUUCAUUCUGACAUCUGGGAUUGGGUGAAGGGGGACAUGGAGCAUUAACACUAACAUGAAAGACUUCAGUUCUGUGCUAAGAGAAUAUACUGGUGAAGAAGAAAUUCUGAGAAACAUCCUUUUAUUUAAUAGAUCCAUAUUUUGUUAUGGCUGGUUGCUACUGCUUUUUAGGGGGUUGCGCCCCACACCCAUUCCCCUGAUGAUCCCUGCCAUGAUGCAAGCUAGACGGCUGCAGCCUGAAAGGGGCCAGACAGUGGGGUCACCUCAAGGUUACCUACCCCAUUUCUCUCCAACGGGGUAAAUCUCUGACCUCACAAUGAUUGAGUUCCAUUACAGUUCUUGUUGGAAUGAUUCAGUGCAUUGUGAAAUUUCAAGUUUCGUCAUGAUUUGAUAAGAUUAAAUAUUACAGUUUAGAAUUAUUUUUAAAACAGGCCAAAUACAUGUGGCUUCUUUCUUCCAUGUGACUGCAGCAACUAUUUACAAAAUGGUGGAAUAUAGACAGUAAAAUUAAUACACCAUGCUUAAUUGAGGUCAGGGUGUUGAUGUAGAGAAUAGCCUGAGAACUUUAUCUUGGCAAAAAAGCACAUACAUUGCUUAAAAUGAUGAUAAUUCUACUCAAUUCCAACAUUCCAAAAUCAAUGCAUUUGAUUCACCUUCAGAUUGAUGCAUUGCAAUGCACUCAUGCAUUUUACGCCUCACGUUUCCCGCAUUGCUCACCUUGAUUGUGUCUGGUAUGAACUGUAGGUGUAGCUCAUGGUACUAAGCACCAGCCCUCUAGCUGGCUUUUCAGUAUUCUUGUCUGCAAGAGCGUCUGUCUCUGUGAUGCGGGUGGGGGGCUGGGUGGUAGGGGGAGUCACAGAGUCCGCCUCCCUAAUCACACUGAGAGCAGCAUUGGUGAGAGCAGCGGCAGAGGAUGGCCACAUAGCCUGAGUGUGCUAGAGCAUGAGCAGUGGAUGGGCUGACGGAAAGCAUGUGGUAAAGCGAUGUGCUUGGCAGCGGUGUGGGCUCAAGUCAUCAGGGCGCCGAUGCCACCUGAGCGUGAAACUGCACCGGAGCCCACCUUCAGGGAAUGGACAUAUCUGAACUGGAGUUUGUGCAGAUAAUGAUCAUAAUCGUGGUGAUGAUGGUGAUGGUGGUGGUUAUUAUCUGUCUUCUGAACCACUAUAAGCUUUCUACGUGGUCCUUCAUGAGCAGACCGGGCCAGGCCAGGAGACAAGAGCACUCUCUGCAGCCGGAGGGAUGUUUUUGGCCAUCAGAUAGUGGUUCCAGACAAGGAGCUUCAGAGGUGGUGUACGCCCCGCAGCCUCGGGAGCGCUUCAGCGCACCCUCCUUCAUGCAGCGCGAGCGCUUCAGCCGUUUCCAGCCCACCUACCCGUACCUGCAACACCAGAUCGACCUGCCGCCCACCAUCUCUCUGUCAGACGGAGAGGAGCCGCCUCCUUACCAGGGCCCGUGCACCCUGCAGCUGCGGGACCCCGAGCAGCAGCUGGAGCUGAACCGCGAGUCAGUGCGCGCACCGCCCAAUCGCACCGUGUUCGACAGCGAACUGAUCGAUGCUCCGCGCCCCCCCAGCAGCAACUCUGGCAUCAGCGCCGCCAACUCCAGCACUCACGGCCGCAUGGAGGGCCCUCCACCCGCCUACAGCGAGGUCAUGGGUCACUACCCGGGCGCGGCGUUUUUCCUCCACCAGCACAGCAAUAACCAGUCCUCCAGCGUCAGCGGCAUUCAGACUCCUCCGCCCAUGGGCAGGACAGGCCAGGGCAGCCCGCAAAGCACAGUAGUCCUUAGCAAGGCCAAGGACAUGCAGAGAGGAGAGCUAGUGUGAGGUGGGGUAUGUGUGUGCAAGUAUGCGGGGCUGCCAAACCGCACCCUCUCCUUUCCCCGCCUACAAAAGGGCACGGUUGCCCUUUCCACACUCCCACGCACAACAGAAAACAAUGCAUCGGUCUUGACUGUAGAAAAAAAAAAGAAAAAGAAAAAAGCCACAUUACAAAAAGUAACCAAGUGGAGCUAAGCUUACAAAAUAAAGUUUUACUUUCUCUCACUUAAACAAGACAUGGUAGAGCUUUGUAGCGCUGUUUUGUACUUGUGUAUUACCUUCAUAUGAGAGAAAAUGAUACUAGCACAUAAGCCUUUUUUUUGUUUUUGCGCAAAACACCCACACAUCCACAGGUAUAUGACAAUAUGACAGGACAUGGAGUCGAGGAGAAUUUUUUCCAAGACCAGGAUCUGUGCACAAUGUAA